AGUCCAUGCAUUAUAAUUUGCGACAUAGAAUUCAGGAAAAUUUUACUGUACUUUCCAAAUUGUGUGGUUUAUUUCUUUUUUACAGUACCAUUUACAUAUUCUUUCUCGUCAUAUUGUAUUCCACUACUCAAGCUUUUGAAGUUUUAUUUACAAUUUGAGUUUUUGUAAAUCUGGGAUUCUCAUUUGUCGUGAUAUUGUCAUAAGAGAGAUUCGGAACUGCAUUAUCUUUACGAUUGUUGUCGUUGGGAGCCAAGCUGUGAUUCCCGCAUUUUUUAUCAGAUUAGCUUUUUCUGAGCAAGUUUCAAUACGAACCAUGAGCUCCGGAGAUCAUGUUGUAGAACGCAAGCGUUCGCCGAGUGUGCACCAAGAUGAAGAGCACGAUUCAAAAAGAGCGAAAACCAGCGAGGACGAUGUUCAUACAAAUGGCAGCGCACACAAGAAAAACGGCAAACAUCAUUUUUCGGUGGCUAGUUCGCAGUCCGACAGCGUUGGAAAUGAGACUUCAUCGCAGGCUAUUCAUGGGAUUGAGCAGGAACACAUGCAAGAAGUGGUGGAAAACGUGUAUCGUCUGCGUAUGCCAAAGGAUUUCUUCGAUUUUUGGAAUUUUUCUUGCCGCACGAAUCCAAUGAAUCCGCGAAUGGCCUUAAGUGCAGCGGGCAUUGAAUUGGUUGGACCAUUCGACAUUUUGGCGGGUGAUGUCGACUACAAGCCGUCGAAUCUCCUGGAACUGCAGGAUUUGGCCAACACGCACUGGCGAUACUAUUACGAUGUGCCCGAAUUUCAGACGUGUCUGAGAGUGACGGGAAUGGGUUCACAGCUGCACUAUGGAUAUUUCCGUGACGAUCCGUAUGACUUGCCUGUUUUUGUCGCAAGUAACGAUGCCGGCAAAGAUUGCAAGAUUACCGAGCAUGGAGGAAAUCUGUUCGCGGCUGUUCAUAAACUCAUUGAAACGAUGCGGGAUGAUCCGUCAAUCGAAGAUCGGACUCCACUGGCUGAGCUGCAGGAAGUGGUAAAACUGCAUGCGGAGAAAUUCAACCACUCGUUGGCACUGUCCGUCGAAACUAGGGCCCAUCGUCAGGCCGUGGUGACCUCAACAUGGCAUGGCGCCGGUUUUGUGGGAAAUGAGAAGAGUUCGAGCGACAAUACGCUGGCGAAAAGACACCAUCUCAGCGAUAAAGAUUUGCUGCAUUUGUUUGAGGAAGUCUGUAGAGAAGAUGACAUUCACGAGGAAGUCGGUAAGCAGCGUAAAGCCAAGGCCGAGGAGAAGCUGGAUGCCAUUGGCAAAUUGACCGAGAAGGAUGCCCAAGAUGGCAUUUACGAUACAACCUUGGAGCUUGGUAUUAACAUCUUUUGCUACGGAAACACCAUUCUGCAUAAGUAUGCAAAGGCACAUUUGGAGCGGGGUUAUGAGCUCUUUGGGCGGGAUUUCUUUCGCGACAUCACGAAAGCCCACAUCGAGAAGCGCACAAGAGGCGAUGAACUCAGCCGACUGCCCAUGAAGUAGUUCGCCUUUUGUGUACUGGUGUUUUUGUUGUUUUCUGCAAAUCAGUUACGCGUUACAAACGGACGGUUCUCAGCUUUCGCAUUUUCUCAUUGAUUCGAUCUGUUUUAUUCAUCGUUCCGGCAUGUUCUCGCGCUUUCUUUGACUUCCUUCGGUGCUGGUUAUUCGAGGCAUUUGGAUAGUUCAUUCUAUCCUCACUGUUCUGUAAAUGCCGCUCUCCAAAUUUGUGUUAGUGCAAUAGCACUGCAUAUCUCGUGCUCGUUUUUAUCUUCCGGGCCAUUUCUGAUAACCUACAUGUGCAGGUAUUCGCGUUUCUUUUUAGUAAGAAACUU